AGACCGGACGUGGCGCGAGCCGGGAGCGGCGAGGGGAGAAGGCGCAGUUCGCGGCGGCCGGCGGGGACACGGCGGCGGCGGGAGAGGGGCCCGGGCGGCUGUCCGCGCCCUGUGCAUCCCGGCGCGCGCCGCGCGGCCUCCCGGAGCGAUGCGAUUGCAGGUCCAGUCUCAGAAAUCCUGGAUUGAAGGAGUGUUCAACAAAAGAGAAUGCAACAAAAUCAUACCCAGCUCUAAAGACCCUCACAGAUGUACGACAGGAUGCCAGGUCUGCCAGAAUUUAAUCAGGUGUAACUGUGGACGAUUGAUUGGAGACCAUCAUGGGAUAGAUUAUGCCUGGACCAUCUCAGCUGCCAGGGGUAAUGAAAAUGAACAGUGGUCUGUUGAAAAACACACAACGAAAAGCCCUACAGAUACCUUUGGGACUAUUAAUUUCCAAGAUGGCGAGCAUACCCACCACUCCAAGUAUAUUAGAAUUUCUUAUGAUACAAAGCUGGAUCAUCUGUUACACUUAAUGUUGAACGAGUGGAAGAUGGAACUGCCAAAGUUGGUGAUCUCUGUCCACGGGGGCAUCCAGAACUUCAAGAUGCCUUCCAAGCUUAAAGAGAUCUUCAGCCAAGGGUUGGUCAAAGCUGCAGAGACAACGGGAGCAUGGAUAAUAACGGAGGGCAUUAAUACUGGCGUGUCCAAACAUGUUGGGGAUGCCCUGAAAGCCCAUUCCUCCCAGUCCUUGAGAAAAAUCUGGACAGUUGGAAUCCCUCCUUGGGGUGUCAUUGAGAACCAGAGAGAUCUUAUUGGAAAAGAUGUUGUGUGCCUGUACCAGAUACUGGGCAACCCCCUCAGCAAGCUCACCACACUCAACAGCAUGCACUCCCACUUCAUCCUGUCUGAUGAUGGGACCCUGGGAAAGUAUGGAAAUGAGAUGAAACUCAGGAGGAACCUGGAGAAGUACCUCUCUCUGCAGAAAAUACACAGCAGCUCGGGGCAAGGCGUGCCCGUGGUCGGGCUGGUGGUGGAAGGGGGCCCCAAUGUCAUCCUCUCCGUGUGGGAGACGGUGAAGGACGAAGACCCCGUGGUGGUGUGUGAAGGCACGGGCCGGGCGGCCGACCUCCUGGCCUUCACCCACAAACACCUGGCAGAUGAAGGGACCCUGCGUCCUCAGAUGAAGGAGGAGAUCAUCUGCAUGAUUCAGAACACUUUCAACUUUAGUCUUAAACAAUCCAAGCACCUGUUUCAAAUUUUAAUGGAGUGUAUGAUGCACAGGGAUUCUAUCACCAUAUUUGAUGCUGAUUCUGAGGAGUCACAAGACCUUGAUUUAGCAAUCCUGACAGCUCUGCUAAAGGGCACAAAUUUAUCAGCAUCUGAGCAAUUAAAUCUAGCAAUGGCUUGGGAUAGAAUGGACAUUGCCAAGAAACAUAUUCUAAUUUAUGGACAACAUUGGAAGCCUGGCUCACUGGAACAAGCAAUGUUAGAUGCUUUAGUAAUGGAUCGAGUAGAUUUUGUGAAGCUUUUAAUAGAAUAUGGAGUGAACCUGCAUCGCUUUCUUACUAUCCCCCGACUGGAAGAGCUCUAUAAUACAAAACAAGGACCUACUAAUAUGCUCUUGCAUCAUCUUGUCCGAGAUGUAAAACAGCACGCUGUCCUCUCAGGCUACAAAGUAACACUGAUUGACAUUGGACUGGUAAUAGAAUACCUCAUUGGUGGAGCAUAUCGCAGCAGCUACACGAGAAAAAGCUUCAGAGCCUUCUACAAUAACCACUACAGAAAACAUAAGCGAGUGACCAGUCUUGCUCAAAGCCUUUCUCAGCACCCUCUUCACCGGAGACAUCUCUCAGGAAAUAGAAAUGAAUCUGCAGAAAGCACGCUGCAUUCCCAGUUUAUUAGAACUGCCCAGCCUUACAAAUUCAAGGAAAAGUCUAUGGUACUUCAUAAAUCAAGGAAGAAGUCAAAAGAAGAAAAAAGUGUAUCAGAUGACCCUGAGUCUACUGGCUUUAUUUACCCUUACAAUGACCUGCUGGUUUGGGCUGUGCUAAUGAAAAGGCAGAGGAUGGCCAUGUUUUUCUGGCAGCAUGGAGAAGAGGCCACAGCUAAGGCCGUGAUUGCUUGUAUACUCUACCGAGCCCUGGCCCGCGAGGCCAAGGAGAGCAGCAUGGUGGAUGACACCUCAGAAGAGCUAAAGAAUUACUCAAAACAGUUUGGCCAGCUGGCCCUGGACGUGCUGGAGAAGGCAUUCAAGCAGAAUGAAAGAAUGGCUAUGAAACUGCUGACCUAUGAACUCAAGAACUGGAGCAAUUCCACCUGCUUGAAGCUGGCCGUGUCUGGAGGACUGCGGCCCUUCGUGUCACAUACUUGUACCCAGAUGCUACUGACGGACAUGUGGAUGGGGUGCCUGAAGAUGAGGAAGAACUCUUGGUUAAAGGUCAUUGUAAGUAUUCUUUUACCACCCACCAUUUUGACAUUGGAAUUUAAAAGCAAAGCAGAGAUGUCGCAUGUUCCGCAGUCCCAGGACUUCCAGUUUGCGUGGUAUUAUGGUGACCAGAACUCCAGCAGUGCCAAGGAAAGUGCUUGUACGAAAGACUGUGAUUUGGAAAGACCCCCUGAUGAGAAACUAGAUGAAAAUCAGCACUUUGACAUAAACAGUGGUCCCCAAAGCCUUCCAUGGACCAGAAAAGUCUAUGAGUUCUACAAUGCUCCGAUUGUCAAGUUUUGGUUUUAUACGGUGGCAUACCUGGCAUUCCUCAUGCUGUUCACUUACACUGUGCUGGUGGAGAUGCAGCCCCAGCCCAGUGUGCAAGAGUGGCUCGUUGUCAUUUACAUCUUCACCAACGCCAUCGAGAAAGUCAGGGAGGUCUGUAUUUCAGAACCUGGAAAGUUCACUCAAAAAGUGAAGUUAUGGAUUAGUGAGUACUGGAACCUAAUAGAAACUGUGGCCAUUGGCCUGUUUUCAGUUGGUUUUGGCCUCCGGUGGGGUGACCCUCCUUUCCACACAGCGGGAAGACUAAUAUAUUGCAUAGACAUCAUAUUCUGGUUCUCAAGGCUCCUGGACUUCUUUGCUGUGAAUCAGUAUGCAGGUCCGUAUGUGACCAUGAUUGCAAAAAUGACAGGAAACAUGUUCUACAUUGUCGUCAUGAUGGCCAUCGUGCUGCUGAGCUUCGGGGUGGCGCGCAAGGCCAUCCUUGCUCCAAAGGAGCCUCCAUCAUGGAGGCUGGCUCGAGAUAUCGUGUUUGAGCCGUACUGGAUGAUUUAUGGAGAAGUCUAUGCUUCCGACAUAGAUGUCUGUUCGAGCCAGCCGUCUUGCCCUCCCGGCUCCUUCCUCACUCCGUUCCUGCAAGCCGUCUACCUCUUCGUGCAGUACAUCAUCAUGGUGAACCUGCUGAUCGCUUUCUUCAAUAAUGUGUACUUAGAUAUGAAAUCCAUUUCAAAUAAACUAUGGAAAUACAAUCGUUAUCGCUACAUCAUGACUUACCACGAGAAGCCAUGGCUGCCCCCACCUUUGAUCCUGCUGAGUCACGUUUGUCUCCUCCUUCGCCGUCUUUGCCAUCGUCAAGCUCCAAAUGACCAAGAAGAGGGCGACGUUGGACUAAAACUCUACCUGAGUAAGGAGGAUCUGAAAAAGCUUCAUGAUUUUGAAGAACAAUGUGUGGAAAAAUACUUCCAUGAGAAGGGGGAAAGGCUGAAUUGUAGUUGUGAGGAAAGAAUCCGAGUAACAUCGGAAAGGGUUACAGAUAUGUACUUCCAACUGAAAGAAAUGAAUGACAAGGUGUCUUUUAUAAAGGACUCCUUACUGUCUUUGGACAGCCAGGUGGGGCACCUGCAGGACCUCUCUGCCCUGACAGUGGAUACUCUAAAAAUCCUUUCUGCUGUUGACACCUUACAAGAGGAUGAGGCUCUCCUGGCCAACAGAAAGCAUUCUACGUGCAGAAAACUUCCCCACAGCUGGAGCAAUGUCAUCUGUGCAGAGGUUCUAGGCAGCGUGGAGAUCCCUGGGGAGAAGAAAUACCAGUAUUAUAGCAUGCCUCCUUCUUUGCUGCGGAGUCUGGCCCGAGGCCAGUAUCCACCAAGAGUGCAGAGGAGGCCACUUCUUGAGAUUACAGACAGUCAGAGAGAGGCUUUAAAUGUAAGAGAGGACCAGAAAGAGCAAGAGACAGAAAAUAGUAUAGUUCCCUCUGGGGUGUCCCUUCACAGGCAAACAUAUCCAAAGUACGGCCAGUUUCUCCUGGUCCCAUCUUAUCUAAAGCAAGUUCCUUUUUCUGCAGAAAUGGACUUGCCUCUGUCCAGACCAUCUCUGGAAGCAGGUACAGAUGUGCUGACCACUGAACAGGUUACUCAGGGGGAGGACCCCAUUCAUCUGUCUUGGCACACCCCAGUUGUCCAAUCCCAGGGCUCCAUGUCUGGACCCAAGGAGCAGUACAAGUCAGUUGCUCAGAUACUAGCCAGACAAGACCAGGGGGAGCAAGUUCUACCCACUCUGAUUGGUACACCGGCACCUGUGAAAGUGACCUCCCUCCCUUCCCAAGCCGAGAGCCUGCAAACUGGAGGUGGAUAUGUGAACUGGGCAUUUUCUGAAGGGGAUGAAACUGGUGUGUUUAGCAUCAAGGGAAGAUGGCCAUCCUGCUGGGGCUCCACUUGUAACAGUGACUCUGAUCAGAGUGGACAAUGCCAGAGGCGGGUCCGGGCCAGAUCCCUGUCUGACAGCUCAACAGGACUGGCCCGGAGUAGUGAUUCCUCCGAGGUGGGACCGUGGCUCCAGCCGAACACGUCCUGUUGGAUCAAUCCUCUCUGCCGAGACAGGGCCUACAUUAGGAGUCAUAGUUUGAGAUUCCACAAGGAGGAGGAACCGAGGAUCUAUAAGAUUAAAAAUCUUUCAAGAUCCUCAGAGAUAGGGGAGUCAGCAUGGACUAAAGCAAAAAUGCUACUCAAGGACAGGAGAUUGUCGAAGAAAAAGAAGAAAACAGAAGGAUUACAGGUGCCAGUCAUAACAGUCAACACUUGCUCUCAAAGUGACCAGUUGAUUUCAGAGCCAGGAGGAAAUAACAUCUCAGUAGAAGAGGACUGCAGCAGGAACUGGCUCACAGUAUCCAAAUUUAGUCAGAUAAGUCUGGAACCUUACAUAUAUCAGAAAAUGAAAACUAAAGAAAUUGAACGGCAUGCUGUACAAGUUAGCGAUUAUCUAAAACAGUCUCAAGAGGAUCUGAGCAAAAGCUCUUUGUGGAAUUCCAGGAGCGCCAACCUCAAUAGAAAGGGCAUGUUGAGAAGUUCAAAUGGAGCUGACAAAAUCUCAGCCUCCUUAAAGAGCCCUCAAGAGUCCCACCAUCAUUAUUCAGCCAUUGAAAGAAACAACUUAAUGAGGCUCUCACAGACCAUACCAUUCACACCCAUCCAGCUGUUCGCCGGAGAAGAAGUAACUGUCUACAGGCUGGAGGAGAGUUCCCCUCUGAAUCUUGAUAAAAGCAUGUCUUCCUGGUCCCAGCGAGGGAAAGCAGCCAUGAUCCAGGUGCUGUCCCGAGAGGAGAUGGACGGGGGCCUGCGCAAAGCCAUGAGAGUCAUCAGCACUUGGUCUGAGGAUGAUGUUCUCAAGCCUGGGCACGUUUUCAUUGUGAAGUCUUUCCUUCCCGAGGUUGUACAGACCUGGCACAAAAUCUUCCAGGAGAGCACUGUGCUUCAUCUGUGUCUCAGGGAAAUCCAACAACAAAGAGCUGCUCAAAAACUGAUCUAUACCUUCAACCAAGUGAAACCACAAACCAUCCGCUACACACCAAGGUUCCUGGAAGUUUUCUUAAUCUACUGCCAUUCAGCCAAUCAGUGGUUGACCAUCGAGAAGUAUAUGACGGGGGAGUUCCGCAAGUACAACAAUAACAACGGUGAUGAAAUCGCCCCCACCAACACCCUGGAGGAGCUCCUGUUGGCUUUUUCUCACUGGACCUAUGAGUAUACUCGGGGAGAGCUACUGGUUUUAGAUUUGCAAGGUGUUGGAGAAAAUUUGACAGAUCCAUCUGUAAUAAAACCUGAAGACAAACAAUCAAGAGGAAUGGUGUUUGGACCAGCCAACUUAGGGGAAGAUGCAAUCAGAAACUUCAUUGCAAAACAUCGUUGCAACUCCUGCUGCCGGAAACUCCGACUCCCGGAUUUGAAAAGAAACGACUAUUCUCCUGGAAGGAUAAAUCCCACUUUUGGACUUGAAAUCCAAAUACAACCAGCUGAGGGGCCUCUGGCAAGGGAGAAGGGUAGUAAUUCUCCAGGAGACCUCACACGAUUGUAAGAAGGGGAGGAGGAGUGAGCAGCCAACGGCCCUACCUCCCUUCCUGGGACGAUUGGCGGAUGUAACGCUGGUGAUGUCAGCGCCUUGUGAGGAUGGCCUUGCCCUCGGGCCUCCUGGGGACAUGCUUUCUGAGCCUCCAGUCUCCCCUGGCGAGAGACCUCACUGGGAUGCCAUGAAUGGGUUCUCCUAGAUGUGGACCCAUGUGCCGGGUGCUUUGCAUGUGUUCGUCAUCCCGAGGUCCCACAGGAAGACACUUGGCUGAGUCUGCUGGGAAUACUGCCCCUUCAUACCUCACUGCUUUAGCUGGUUGCUUAGAACCCCUGGAGCAGUUUGCUGGACACCAAAGAACCAGGGAGAUGAAUUUAAUUUAUUUUCUCACUAUGUGUGCGGACUGUAGCCCCCACUGCUAUUCUUGAGGCCACCCACAUGUUGGAUUUUUGUACGUAUGCAUAUAAAAAAGCUUGACUUUUCCUUUCUCCCCUUCCAGCAGCUUAGGGCUUUGAAUAGAAACAAUAAGGAAAACAAUGGAAUGGGGUGUUUUUGCACAGAUUGGUGCAUACACCUUUACAAUCUUACCAGUAGAGAGUUAGUAUCCUGGUGAAAUCUAGAUGGGUUUGAGGUAUUGUCAGUGAAUCAUAUGAUGCCUGGACAUUUCAGGUUUCUCUGAAAGAAGGGAAAAGGGAAAUCUAAAACAAAUGCCCUUGCAUCUUUCUUUUCUUUUCUUUUUUAAGGGGAACAAGGAUAUGUAAAACUAGAAAUUAUCAAGAAGUAUUUUCCCUUCUCUUAAGCUCAGGGGCGCCACCAGUUGGAGAGUUGACUAAGCCAGCCUCCAAAACCUUACUCCCUUAUCCAAAACUGUGUAUAUCAUACUAUGGCUGAUGCUCUCUGUCAGAUCCUGUGGGGAAGGACAGAGUUUCUGAAAACAUGCUUCUAAGGUGUUUGCUUUAUUCCAGUGCAAAGUUCUGGUGGCUUAAAGAGUGCAGUUAUGUGUAUUUUAAGUACAGCCUGAGAACAUGUAAUCGAUUCUAGGGACCCGAAGGGAGGUCCCUGGAACCCUGACCACACAGAAUGUUUGGGGACCAGUCAUCCCUCUUCUGGGCCCACCCUGCCUCAGAACCAGCAAGAGCUUUCCACACGAGGAGGAGAUGGAGGGCUGGGAGUCCUCACCCUCUCCCCCUGCAUCACCUUUUCUCAUUAUAAGGUGUCUACCAGCAGCAAACUCCUGGGUUUGAAAAAUGUCAGCUUGUCUUUAUCCUUAGCCCGUAUGUUAGCUGGCUUGCUUUUUAAACCAACAGUCCCACAUUCUUAGGUUAUGCUUCAGGGACAGUGUUGCCCAGGCAGAGGGGGACAGAAAGCCGUGGAUUUAGUUUGCCAAGGACACUGUUUGACUCUUGUAAGUGUGAGUUGCACAGGCUCUAGUUCAUACCCCUUUUAUUUUGGUCUUCCAGGUGUCAGGGGGCAGGAAAUUUGGGUGAUUUCCUGGUUGACAAUGAGAAUAAAAUGUUAAUGCUUUCUUCAGACCUUAACUGCUUUAUCCUAUUCUGCAAAUCGGUAAGGGAUUUGUUGGUACUCAUUUCAGUGCUGUCUGUGUUCAACUAUGGAAAGAAGCAAUUUGCCUCUCCAAGGGCUAAGCUAAAAGCAUUUAUUCUCUGGUCAAAUAUUUGUUACCUGGAAUGGAACUUGAAAACAAAUACAUUUCGAUUUCAAAUUUCUAUUUUGUGCACUUCUCUCUUUAAAAAAAAAAAAAAUCACCAGAAUGACAUUUUAAAACGAUGAACUGCUGAACAAAGGUCUCUGUGGGAUUGCUUGCAUGCACAUACUGAUGUGACAAUCUCGACUUCAAGUGAUCCAUGACCACAAAAGGGUGGGGUGUUCAUUCAUUCAUUUGGUCAGUUUUAUUCAACAGAUAUUUACUAAAUGCCCUCUCUGUACUAUGUGAGUGAUGAGGAUGCAGUAAACACACCAUUUCUUUGCCCUUGAGAAGCUUUGUAUCUCACGUUUCUUUUCUCUUUGGUUCCAAGUUUGGAUUUCUUGUUAGUGCUAAAAAAAAUGUGACUUCUGGGGAAAUGAUGAAUCCAGAGAUGUCUCCAUGCCCUGUCUGCCAGUGGGCAGAAAGUUCAGACUGGGAUAAGAGAAUUAGGGCAAAUAAGACAGCUGGGGCUGGUUUUAGGAACCACAGAGGAAAACCGGACUUGGUGAGACCUGAAUCUGGAGGCCAGGAAACCAGCUAAGUUCCCGGGACUCCUUUCUAAAGGCAUCCUGUGUGCGGGCUGCCGUUCCUGGAGUGGCUGCUGCCCUGUGAUCUCUUAAAGCUUCUGACAACUCUUGGGAAUGAGAGACAGUUUGGGGUGUUUCUCACCCUGUUAUAACUUUCUGUGGCUUUCCA